AGAUAUUUUGAACGUAACAACGUAACACAAAUUCCGUCGGAUAAAAAAAUACAAGGAAUCUUGUGAAAAUAGUUAAAAUUUUUAUAAAUUGGCACAAAGUUUGCCAAAAAUUUAAUUAUUGGGAUAAAUAAUGCUGAAAUAUAUUCCAAUAUGAGUAAGCAGCAGCCGUGUUCACAUUUAUCAGCUGUACAUCAUGUGCAUCAUCUGCUGGACAUCAAACUUGAUGAGAAUAAUGUAUGUGCCAAUUGCCACUAUGCUGGGCCAAAUCUGUGGAUUUGCCUGUGCAAGAAAUGCAUGCAUAUUGGAUGUUCCGAACAGGCCAAUGAUCAUAGCACGGAGCAUUUCCAACGCAGCAAAGAUAAGUACUUGCAUUGUAUACAUAUGAAUCUAUCUUCGCAACGAGCAUGGUGUUACCUCUGUGAACGUGAAGUACCCAUAGGCGGUGUUGAAAGACCCGCGCAGAUUGUGGAUCCGGUAGUUCGAGCCAUGCGAUAUUCUGACGAAGACAAUGAUUCGGAUUAUGCGUCUGGUGGUGGAAACGGAAAUGGUUUGGUGGGUUUACAAAAUAUAGCCAAUACAUGUUAUAUGAAUUCCGCUUUACAAGCCCUAAGCAAUGUGAUACCCAUGACUCACUAUUUUCUAAAUUGCGGUGACUUAAUAGACCAUACAUUGGAGCAAGGAGCUCAUCGAUGCAAAGCAGGCUUGGCAAAAAGUUAUCAACGUUUGAUGCGGGACAUGUGGCGUAGACGCGAUGAUGGCAAGCCCUUUUUGGCUCCCCGAAGCAUUUUGUAUGGCAUACGCAGUGUUCAUCCUAUGUUUCGUGGUUUCCAACAACACGACACCCAAGAAUUUCUUAGGUGCUUUAUGGACCAGUUACAUGAGGAGCUGAAAGAAUCGUCUUUAGCCAGUUACGAAUCUAACAAAAGAACCUUCCCUCUUCAAGAUUCACAAGAUGAUCAAGAAGACGAAGAAGACAUUAGCUCGGAUAUAAGUUCUUCAUCCAGUUCUCAGAAUUUAGAAACAAACUAUGUUACUUGUGACAGUUCCAACUCGGAAUCAUCUAGUCUAUGCGAAAAUUUCGUUUCACCUAACAUCGCAAAAACGAAUACGCAAUCAUCAUCGGCCAUAUCUCCCACAUCCGCCUCCUCUUGCAGCAAUACACCAUCUUUAUCAUCAUCAAUUUCGGUUCGUUCCAUUGUUAGUGAAAUUUUCGAUGGCAAACUCUUGUCUUCAGUACAGUGUUUGACUUGUGACCGCAUAUCUACACGAGAGGAGACGUUUCAAGACCUGUCUCUGCCAAUACCGAAUAGAGAUUUCCUCAACGUCUUGCAUCAAAACAAUAGCAUGAGUGUGCAAAGUUUGAAUUCCAUCGAUUCAGCCAGUACCAGUACACCUCGAGCCCAAGAGGGUUGGAUAUCAUGGAUAUGGAAUAUAGUACGAUCCUGGUUGUGGGGCCCAUCGGUGACAUUGCACGAUUGUAUGGCCAGUUUCUUUAGUGCGGACGAGCUGAAAGGCGACAAUAUGUACAGCUGCGAGAAGUGUAAUAAAUUGCGAACGGGUGUAAAGUACUCACGCAUCCUUGACCUGCCCGAAGUCUUGUGCAUUCAUCUGAAAAGAUUCCGUCAUGAUCUAUCGUAUAGUUCCAAAAUAUCAGCGCAUGUUGAGUUUCCAUUAGACAAUUUCGAUAUGCGGCCAUACAUACACAAAGAUUGCAAAUCUCAGGUGUCCAAUUACAAUCUGACGGCUGUUAUUUGUCAUCAUGGCACUGUCGGAGGUGGUCACUACACUUGCUUGGCUCGUAAUGCAUUUACCGAUCGCUGGUAUGAAUUUGACGAUCACCAUGUUAAUGAAGUUUCCACCGACACAGUACAAAACUGUCAGGCCUACGUGUUGUUCUAUCAAAAGCACAACACUCAAAUAGAUCACUUGCGAUAUGAAGCUAAUGAAAUGUCGGCGUCGUAUCCGGUGUCACAGUCUGAUAUACGAUUCUACAUUUCACGUGAAUGGUUGGCUCGCUUCAACACCUUCUCGGAGCCAGGCCCCAUUAGUAACUGGACUAUGCUGUGCCCUCAUGGAGGUGUUCUGCACACCAAAAUGCCAAUGAUUCAUCAAUUAGCUGUGCCAAUAUCGCAACACCUGUGGGAAUUCCUAUAUAGCAAAUUUGGGGGUGGUCCUGCUAUUAAUAUGCUAUUUGAAUGUUCAGAAUGCAAGCGGGCUGCCGAAGCAUUGGCCCAAAGGCAACAUUACGAACAUUCCGUAUUUCAACGCUACAAUGGUUUGGAUGCUGAACUUGAUUCUGGAGCUAUCUAUGCAAUAUCCAUGUCUUGGUUAAGAACAUGGCAGAAAUUUGCCAGGGGCCUGACCCACAAGGAACCUGGUCCCAUUAAUAAUGCCAAUAUUGUUCCUUCCUCUAAAGAGGCAGCAUCCAAGAACUCUCCAGUGCGUAGUGUGCGUACCGGCUCAGAUUAUGUACAGUUAAAUGCUCCGCUAUGGCGUUUCUUACAUGAUAUUUAUGGAGGUGGACCGGAAGUGUUAUUGCGACCUUCUCUAACAGAAGAGAUCGUUAUCAUCGAUCAAGAUGAACUGGACGAGGAAGAUGGCAUGUCUGGUGGAAAUUUAUCUGAUACCGAGAGCAAAUUGGGUGACAUUCGUUGUACUAACCCACUUCCUGCCGAGUACUUAAUGCAACCCAAGGAUACGGAAAAUGUUAUAAGUGAAAUGCAGGAAUCGGAUGAUGAUGAUGUAGCAGCCACUACAAAUGCAACAAUUCCCAAGAGACUAUCAAAGCCAAAGGAAAGAGCAAUCAAUAAGAAAUAUUCCAAAAAUUCCACUUUAACACAAAAGCUUAAGCAUAAGGAAUAUAGAGACUUGUUUGGACCUCAAGGCAAUUAUAAUCCCAAAGAUGAAACACAUUCCCUCGAUGAUGAAGAGCAGGAAGAGCAUAAAGAAAACCAAGGCGCCGAAGAUGUUGUUAACACAAACAACACCAAAAAGUUGCAAUAUACAAAUGCCAAAUCCAAGAAACAUUCAUUCCGCAAUGAAAAACGUUCCCGCAAUGACAAUGUAAAUUCUGAUGAACCAACUACGGACGCACGGCCACAAAAUCGUGCUGGAAAACGGGGUAAAACGAAAAAUCCCGUUGUUUUGAGAAAUUAUCAUUCUUCGCCACAUAAAAAUGUUUCCCUUAUGAAUGAUUCCAAUGAAACUGACGUUUAGACCACACAAUCAAUGAAUGGAACAACAACACUGUCAAUUUCUAACCAUGAAUUAUCAUUACAAAUCACGAACUAUUUUGUUUCCUUUCCUUUUUUCUUUCAAAACAAAAAAAAAACAUUCGUUAUUUAACAACGAAGUAGAACUUUCAAAACCAAACAUUUAUGAAUUAAUGCUACUGAACUACUGAAAAUACUUAUUUGUUUUUGUGUGUUAGUAAUAUACAUAUGUAUUUAUUUUUUUUUUUAAUUAGUUUAUCUUUAUUUUUGUGGAAUAAAAUUGAAAACUCUGCUUUAUGAGUUUGUCGUGGGUAGAGGUUUUAACAAAAUUA